AUGUCUACUAACCCAACACCUAAAAAUAUUUUAUGUCUUAAAAACCUUGCUUUAAAUAUCCUUAAAAACAGCAUCCCAGAGAUUAUUACAAAAGGUGUUGAAGUUCCAGAACUAGAUCCAUGCUCAAAGUGUAAAAAAGAGCUUUUUUUGUAUGAACUUAAAAAACCAUUUACCAUACUCAUCUGUGGACAUAUAUACCACCGUAGUUGUCUUGAGGAUUAUGUAAAAAAUCUUCCACAAUGCCCUGAAUGUGCAAUGGAAAUUGAAUCUAUUGAUUAUACAUGUUAUUCUGGUACUUCUGAACCUAGUUCACAGGAUCAGGCACAGAAUACCUCAGACCCAAUGCAAAUUUCGCCACAAAUGACACAAAUGACACAAAUGACAUCUAGUCAAAGUGGGGAUAUAGUAACCUCAGAUACAACUCAUAGUUUAAAUCUCCCCUUAUCGGAUUUCUUCAUUUCAGACUAUACAAAACAGAAAUUAAAAUCUAACACCGCUGAACAAAACACAGAUAAAAUAACUUCUUACCAAGUCAUAGCUACCGAAACUGACCUACAAUCUAUCGAUUUUCUAAAUUUAUAUACUAAAAUUACCUUUGCUGAAAGUGAAAAUCAAAAACAAAGUCAGAAAGUAAUUAUUCAAUACUAUAACUUCGGGAUAGCCAUAGCGAAACGCUUCAAGUUUCAUUAUGAAAAAACUUAUAAUGUAAAUGAUGCUAAUAGUGAAGUAAAUAAAGAAAUUGAAAAACAACUUCCCGAUAGUACUCCUGAAACUACUAUCCGGAAAAGAAAAGAAAGAACCCAAAAAAUCUUUCAUCUCUUUAGUAAGAUAGGAAUAGAUAAAAUAAUGCGGGUGAAUUCUUUUUCUGCAUUGAUGAUUUCUAAAUUAACUGUAAAUCAAAUUAAUCAUGUAAUAUCUCAAAUUCCGGAUAAAACCCCAACAGAAUCAUUCAGUUGUGUUGAGGAAUCGCAAGACAGUGCCAGUCCAUCGCAAGAUCUAACCCAUCGUCGCAAGAAAACGGGCUUAGGACAAAGCACAGACGUGAUAAUUGCCCGUUCGCAAGACUUAACCCACCGUCGCAAGAAAAUGGGCUUAGGACAAUUAUUGAAUACUCCGUGA